GCCGCGCGCCCCCAUCCGGACAGGAGACAGUUAUUAAAGGAGCUCGAGGCGCCUUGCAAACAAAGCGAGCACUGCCACUGCCGCUCCCAAUCGCCCAUACCCGAAGACGCAAGAGGAAGGACGAGGAGAUGAUGGCAGACGUGCGCUUGCCUCAGAUGGGCGGCGCUCGCAUGGCUUCCCCGACCGCGGCUAGAUCCUCAGCACGUAAACGCACCCGCGGUUAGGUGCGGCGUGGGCUCGCCGCGUCCACGUACGUAUUGCAGAGUUGCUUGUCGCUGCUGCGGCUUGCGGUCGAGGGGCUGCGAGAGGCUGUGCGUGCCUGUCAAUGGUCAUCAUGGCCGGGAUGCUCCCCGGCGUGGAGUGCGCGCGGCGGCGGCGGCUGUGGCAGGGCGCGGCGGAGGCGGUGCCCGGCGGCACGAGGCGGUCCUCGUUCUGCCUGUACGCGGCUGGGCACGGAGGGCACCCAGCUGGCCUUGGCGGCGCCGGCAAUUCUGGCAAGCGGAGCGGCGUGAUGGAGACGAUACACGGGUGGACGCUGGACAGCAAUGCGCGGGAGGCCAAGGAGCGGCUGGACCAGAAGCUCAGGAGCAAGAGGGAGACCGUCAUCAAGAGGCAUCACAGCACGGGGAGCAUAAAGCUGAGCAGGGCCCACGGAAGCGGCGACGGAGGCGAGGGGAGCUCGACGACGUCGGCGGCGGUGCUGGGCGUGCAGCGGGAGGUGUACUUGAAGAAGGGGGUGAUGCAGCGGUUGAUGCGGUGGAGCCGGCCGCGGUGGGACGCGGCGGAGCAGGCGGAGUGCGCGGUGUGCCUCGACGAGUUCCGCGCGGGCGACGUCCUGGCGCACCUCCCCUGCGGGCACCGCUUCCACUGGGCCUGCGCGCUGCCCUGGCUCGAGGGCACCUCCCGUUGCCCCUUCUGCCGCGCCGCCGUCAACGCUAACCCCCAUGCCGCCGCCUAGUGGCUCGGGCCUGCUGGCCGUCGACGCUGACGCAGGACGCGUACGCUGGCGGCCGGUGCGGGCAGCUAGUAGAUAGCUAUGGACCCAGUUCGGCACGCCAUGCCAUUGCCAUGCCAGUGCAGUGCGGCAGUGUUGUUGCGCUCUGUCCUUUGUAGAGUUGCAGUGGAGCACUGGAGGCUGGCGAGUGGAAGCUGUAGAGUGGUCAGACGCGUCCGAGAAAGCCGUCAUUUUCUUGCCGGUUUUGCUUGCAUGCUUUGGGAGCUUAUGCUCUGCCAUUCCAGCGGUCUUGUGAGCAAUCGAUGAACCGUUGGUAGCAACGGCGUCCCAUUGCAUGUGUAAAUGAUCUUCUGAUCGGGAAAAGAAAAGCUAGAUUUUGUUGGCAUAA